UAGCGCGUUUAUCCGACGCUUUAAGGCUGUUUUUAACUUUGAGCACGCUAAACUGUUUGCUCUUUACAGCCACUUGUGAGAAAAAGCUCGAGCUGUUAGCUCAGCCGCGCCAUGAUAAGCAUAAUCAAGCAUCCAGCAGCUUUCCAGCGGGGAAACGGAUCAUGGACGGAAGAUGAGAAGGAAGACAGCGGCCAAACGCCUUCUGAACAACGACAAUGAAGGAGGAGACUCAGAGCAAACACAGUGUGAAGCUAUUGAGACCUUUGAAGUUGAAAACACAGCAGGACUGACCAUUGGAGAUGGUGACAUCACUAUGGAGGUGUUAGGAAAUCUCCAAACCUGCUCAAGGUCAGAGCUCAUUGCCAUGGUAUUGAGCAUGCAGAGGGAGAUGGACAGCCUCAGGGAGCAAAUCAAGGCUCUCACAGCUUGUGGAAAGUUGGCACAAACUCUUGAAGAGUUGGUCACCAAAAGUGAUGGAUGCUUGAACUGUUGCAGUCUAAAUAUGACCCCCAGUAUUCCGAGAGAACAUGAGGGAAACUCUGCACCCAGUCCGAUUCCUGUUCCAAAAGUCCAAAGUGACAGUGGGAUAGAGCAGCAGAGCUCCACGCAGCAGGGCUGUGGUCAUGACGUAAAUGAGAAAACACCAAGAAGUGAAACACUUCUAUACCAAGAGGUUAUCCCAGCGGAGCUGCUGGAGCGUUGUAACACAGGGACUACAGCCCAGAAGCUGACCAACGAGCUGCUACGGGGCCUGUAUGACAGAGACUGCCUGGCCUCACACUCCAUCUCCGGCAUCAUUAACAGUAAGAGAGGACAGCCCAAGCCUGCACUGCCUGCCCACGAGAUCCAGGCCAUCCUGAGAGCAGUGCAGUACUAUUUCCCUGGAAAGACAGACUCUGAGAUCAAGGGCUAUAUUCGACAGAAGCUUCAGAAUGAAGCCAAAAGGUUGAAGAAGAAGCCACAUCCAGCUGAGGAUCCAUUCUUUGGGCCUUAGGAAGUGGUAGGUUCCAGUGGGUCACAGUGCCAGACUUUCACCAAUAAGCAAAUGGACAUUUCCUCUUACAAACUUACCUUACUGUCUUUCCAGUCACUGGUGAGAAAAUGUUUAUCUAGUUUAUUGUGGUGGGACUUUUGCAUUACUAUGUUUUUUUUAUAUUGACCAAACAUAACUGUGAAUUAAAAAUUUGCCUUCAUCUUGUAGAAAGAAGUAUUAUGCAUUAAUUUAUGAUAUAUAGCUAGAACUGAGGUCAGGUUUGUCCAGGUCGAGGGCAGGUCAGGUUCAUCCAGACUACACCUUCUUGUAGCAUUACUGGACAUUGUAUUGAGGCUGUCUGUGCAUAGAAACUGUUGAGAAGUAUUUGAAGGCCUGCAUAAGAAAGGAAGCAAUGUUUUUUUUUUUGUUUUUUUUUACACACAAGUGGCUCUUAAACACAUGUAGUAACAUGGAUAGUCUGAAAUGUGGUGUUAGCUGUGAGCACAUACUGAUUGCUUGUUGCUGUGAUUAUUUUAUACUUUCAGUGGAGUAUAGUGUGUGAUUUAUGAGGUAUGAAUGUGGUCUCUGUGAAGUCCGUAUCAGAAAAGCUGUAUGUAUCGUAUGAACCAAGCUCACUUUUCAGUCUGUGAUUA